UUCUAAUUUUAUAUGCACCAACAUGGCUGACUUAGAAGUUUUUCUCCAACAUUUAGAUAAAAUAAAUGGUAUUGACAGUUUAGAUCUUGCAAAGACAUUGAAUGUAGAUCAUCAAAAAGUCGUCGGAGCUAUUAAAAGUAUACAGUCUAUUGGAGAAAUAUUGAAAGUUGAGCAGAGACAACACAAGAAAUGGGAGUUGACUGAUGAAGGAAAGACAGUUGCGGCUAGUGGAAGUCAUGAGGCCUUAGUUUUCCAAGCAGUGCCACCUGAUGGAAUAUCUCAGGCUUAUAUAAUGAAAAACGUUCCGAAUGCCAAGAUAGGUUUUAGUAAAGCCAUGUCAGCUGGUUGGAUCCGCAUGGAUAAAAGCUCUGAAGGAGGCCCAAAAGUGUUUAGAAAGGUUGAAAGUAUUGAUGAUCUUGUGCAGCAGUGUUUGGUGAAGAUUCAGAAAUUGGGCUUGGACGAUAUAACAGAUGCACAGAAAAAUGAAUACAAGAAGAGGAAGCUCAUCACAGAAGUAAAGCUCACCAGUUAUUUCAUAUCAAAAGGAGAACACUUCACAACAUCAAUAUCUAAACCGCAUGUUGAUCUGACAGCAGAAAUGAUUUCGAGUGGUUCAUGGCAAGAUCUGCAGUUCAAGGCAUACAACUUCAAUGCUCUCGGCGUUCCUCCGACAUGCGGACAUCUACACCCGCUACUCAAAGUCCGCUCUCAGUACAGACAGAUCUUUUUGGAAAUGGGGUUCACGGAGAUGCCAACCAAUAAUUUCAUCGAGAGUAGCUUCUGGAAUUUCGAUGCCUUGUUUCAACCACAGCAGCACCCGGCGAGAGACGCUCAUGAUACGUUCUUCCUAUCUGACCCAGCCAGUGCACAUGCAUUCCCAAUGGAUUACUUGGAAAAAGUAAAGAAAAUGCACUCUGAAGGAGGCCAUGGAUCACAGGGUUACAAUUAUGACUGGAAAAUGGAAGAAGCAGAAAAAAAUAUUCUGCGGACCCACACAACUGCAGUCAGUGCACGGAUGUUGUAUAAACUCGCACAGGAGAAAGAGUUCAGGCCAGUGAAGUACUUUUCCAUUGACCGCGUGUUCAGGAAUGAAAACCUCGAUGCCACUCACUUAGCCGAGUUCCACCAGAUAGAAGGACUUAUUGCUGACCGUCUGCUCACACUUGGAGACCUGAUGGGGGUCAUUAAAGAAUUCUUCAAAAAAUUAGGUAUAUUCAAAUUGCGCUUCAAGCCAGCAUAUAACCCUUACACAGAACCAAGUAUGGAGAUUUUCGGAUACCAUGAAGGUCUUGGCAAAUGGGUGGAAAUAGGCAAUAGUGGAGUGUUUCGGCCUGAGAUGUUGUUACCAAUGGGACUGCCAGAAGAUGUGGUUGUAAUUGCAUGGGGUCUGUCACUUGAAAGGCCAACAAUGAUAAAGUAUGGAAUCAACAACAUUCGUGAUCUUAUAGGACCCAAGGUCAACCUACAGAUGGUGUAUGAUAACCCUAUAUGUAGACUGGACAAGUGAAAACAAUACACACAUCAAACUAUAUAUAUUUAUUUACAAUUCCAAGAGACAUUUUGACAAAUUCAGCUAUGCAGCACAUCACAAUGAAAGUGAAACAAAUACAUGGUCCUGCUGUGAUUGAUAAUUUACAAUAGUGAGACAAACAUGUGGUAGAUUUGAGAACAUUACAGACAGAUGAACUUUAUUCAGAGUCAACUAGAAAAAAUAUAAUCUGUUUAUAAAUAGGAAUUUUCAAAUGAUGUUCAUUUUGAGGACAGAAUUCCAGUAUGUUGAGAUAUAGGAGCUUAGCUAAAAGUCCUAUUCUGUAUAUUUAAAAAAAAAAAAUUAUAACUAUUUAUUCAAAGAAAUUACUUUGCACAGAAAAAAUUGUUAUACAAUUUCAAGGAAAUAGAAUAGGUAGAAGAAACUUACAGCAGGUAUGUUGAACUAUUUCUUAGUGACUACUUCUUCAUAUAAAUGUAACAGGUCACAACUUCAGCAAAUCAACGACUGUUGUCAAUAAUCCAGUUGAUGGUUUUUGGAUUCAAUAUUUAUACACCGUAAAGUAAUGAUCUGGGACCUAAUUCAGUAAACUCUCGCAACUUUGCUAUCUCGCAGUGCAAUGCUAAAAGACUUGCAAAGAGGAUGCUUUGUUGUCUAACAGAGCCUAAGAGACAUUUGUGAAUUAGGCCCCUGGUAUACACUGUAAGAGUAAUGUGAACAGACUAAAACUGAUAUCUUGCAGGAUAUUAACAUAAAAAGUUGUAUGGGGGAUAUAAGGUAUGGCUGUAGGAACUGUGGAGCUGGGGGAGGGGCAUGUCAUUACCUGCAUUAGGCUGUAGCAGGUGUGUGUGUAUGGGGGAGGGGUUUGAGGGUUUGUUUCCACUAAUGUAAACUAUAUUUUAAAUCUGUUGGUGGAACUUGCUGGUUUAGUGGAAAAUACUUGUUGAUUAAACUGUGUUGUGAGAUGUCUGCGGCACUGAAUAAAGUUGAAGUGAAAAGGA